GGGGCGGCCAGCCAUGACCUUCGGGCGCGGCGGGGCGGCCUCGGUGGUGCUGAACGUGGGCGGCGCCCGGUACUCGCUGUCCCGGGAGCUGCUCAAGGACUUCCCGCUGCGCCGCGUGAGCCGGCUGCACGGCUGCCGCUCGGAGCGCGACGUGCUCGAGGUGUGCGACGACUACGACCGGGAGCGCAACGAGUACUUCUUCGACCGACACUCGGAGGCCUUCGGCUUCAUCCUGCUGUACGUGCGCGGCCACGGGAAGCUGCGCUUCGCGCCGCGGAUGUGCGAGCUCUCCUUCUACAACGAGAUGAUCUACUGGGGCCUGGAGGGCGCGCACCUGGAGUACUGCUGCCAGCGCCGCCUAGACGACCGCAUGUCCGACACCCACACCUUCCACGCGGCAGACGAGCUGGGCCGCGAGCAGCCUCGUCCCGCCGGACCCGAGGCGGCCCCCUCCCGGCGCUGGCUGGAGCGCAUGCGGCGGACCUUCGAGGAGCCCACGUCGUCGCUGGCCGCGCAGAUCCUGGCCAGCGUGUCCGUGGUGUUCGUGAUCGUGUCCAUGGUGGUGCUGUGCGCCAGCACGCUGCCCGACUGGCGUGCGGCGGUUGCUGACAACCGCAGUCUGGAUGACCGGAGCAGGUACUCCGCCAGCCCUGGGAGGGAACCCUCCGGGAUAAUUGAAGCUAUCUGCAUAGGGUGGUUCACCGCGGAGUGCAUCGUGCGGUUCAUCGUCUCCAAAAACAAGUGUGAGUUUGUCAAGAGACCCCUGAACAUCAUUGACUUGCUGGCAAUCACACCCUAUUACAUCUCUGUGCUAAUGACAGUGUUUACAGGCGAGAACUCUCAACUCCAGAGGGCUGGGGUCACCUUGAGGGUCCUCCGAAUGAUGCGGAUCUUCUGGGUGAUUAAGCUUGCCCGGCACUUCAUUGGUCUGCAGACAUUGGGUUUGACUCUCAAGCGAUGCUACCGAGAGAUGGUUAUGUUACUUGUCUUCAUCUGUGUUGCCAUGGCAAUCUUUAGUGCACUCUCUCAGCUCCUUGAACAUGGGUUGGACCUGGAAACAUCCAACAAGGAUUUCGCCAGCAUCCCCGCUGCCUGCUGGUGGGUGAUUAUCUCUAUGACUACAGUUGGCUAUGGAGAUAUGUAUCCUAUCACAGUGCCUGGAAGAAUUCUUGGAGGAGUUUGUGUUGUCAGUGGGAUUGUUCUGUUGGCAUUACCCAUCACUUUCAUCUACCAUAGCUUUGUGCAGUGCUACCACGAGCUCAAGUUUAGAUCAGCUAGAUAUAGUAGGAGCCUCUCGGCUGAGUUCCUGAAUUAAUGUGUUGCAAACCAGUCCUUGUGCACACUUCAUCUGGUAGAGUUGACACUAGUUCUUCUUCGUGUGUUUCUCCCUGGGUGAGCACUGCAGUGGUGGUGUCCUCCUGUUGGAAGGGUGACAUGAUUCUUCCCAUCUCAAGGGUUAGAGCGGUUCACUUACGGAGUAGUCAGGACCGGGAGCACACACACACACAGGACAGUAGCACCAGAGGCAAUGCUAGGACCUGGUUUUAUUCCCUCUCGUCUCCCUCCACCUUGCCUCGCACAGUUACAAUGUUGUAGGCUGUUCUUAAGCACAUUAUUUGAACACUUUAAAGCAGAAAGGCACUAUUUCCCAAAUGCUUUUCCAUCUUAACGAAUUCAGAAGAAGCUUGGAACUUAACAGUGUUAUUUUUGAGACUAACAUUUUCGUUUCUAAAUGUUUUAUAAUUUCUCAUAUCAAUGUCAGAAGUAUCCUGGAAACAUAUGCCA